AGCUGACCGCACAGAGGGAGGAUCCAGGGCCAGCUGCUACAUUUUGUUUACAAGCUCGUUAGUUACAAUUUGAACACACCUUCCUUAUAACUUUGUUAAGCUGUACAGUAAUUCAAAGACAUGGCUGAGACUGACCCCAAGUCUGUGCAGGAUCUAACCAAUGUGGUUCAGACUCUGCUGCAACAAAUGCAAGACAAGUUCCAGACCAUGUCAGACCAGAUCAUUGGAAGGAUUGAUGAGAUGAGCACCCGCAUUGAUGACUUGGAGAAAAACAUUGCUGAUCUGAUGACGCAAGCAGGUGUUGAAGAGAUCGAAGGAACACCAGAAAAACCUAAAGAGGGUCAAGGCUCAUCAUGAAGGUUCCUUGAAGAGGAAUAUGAAGUCUUGUAUUCAGAAGUGGCAGACUUUUCCUCAGUGACAAGAGUUCUAUUGAUUUGAUGUGUUUUUGUGCAAAAUGCUUUUAUAUAUUGAAUAUUGUGAAAUUGUUAUUAUGUAAUGACUUGAAGAUGAACAUUUAUAGGUAGGUUGUGUCGAUGCCCUUCUGUACCUAGUGCUGGUUCACAAAUAGCAGGUAGUUUACCACUAUCCUUUAAUAUUUAAGUAAACCUGUACAUGGAAAUAUGGGUCAUUUGUUCCAAAUACUGAUUUAACUGACAAUUUCAUGAACUCAAAAUGUCUUUUUAAUACUUUACAAACAUGGACAUUUACAUGUACAACUGCAAUGUCCACAGCAUUCCAUAACAGAUUGUUCCAUCAUUAAUAGGAUUUGCUACAGUUCUGUAUCACAUAAUAAAACAUACCUAUUUGGUCUCUUA